AUGGCCGCAUCGCGCACGGAGCCUCUACUCUACCAUGGACAGCUGCUGCAGCCCAGACCCGUCCCAAGGCGCUCUGGAGGAUCUGUGCGCAGGCUCCUAAUGAUGAGUUAUGCUGAAAAACCAGAGGACAUCACAAAAGAGGAGUGGAUGGACAAACUGAACAAUGUGCACAUACAGCGGGCUGAUAUGAACAGGCUCAUCAUGAAUUACUUGGUGACAGAGGGCUUCAAAGAGGCUGCAGAGAAGUUUAGGAUGGAAUCUGGGAUUGAGCCGAGUGUGGAUUUGGACUCGUUAGAUGAAAGGAUAAAAAUAAGAGAAAUGAUCCUAAAGGGGCAAAUACAGGAGGCCAUUGCUCUCAUCAACAGUCUGCACCCAGAGCUGCUGGACACAAACCGAUACUUGUAUUUCCAUCUGCAGCAGCAACAUUUGAUAGAGUUGAUCCGUCUAAGAGAAACUGAAUCUGCACUGGAGUUUGCCCAAACGCAGCUGGCGGAGCAGGGAGAGGAGAGCCGUGAAUGCCUCACAGAGAUGGAGCGUACUCUCGCGCUCUUGGCUUUCGACAACCCAGAGGACUCCCCUUUCGGAGACCUGCUCAACAUGAUGCAGCGGCAGAAGGUUUGGAGUGAGGUGAACCAAGCCGUGCUGGAUUAUGAAAACCGGGAGUCCACGCCGAAGCUGGCGAAGCUUCUGAAGUUACUGCUGUGGGCACAGAACGAGCUGGAUCAGAAGAAAGUGAAAUAUCCCAAAAUGACUGACCUUAGCACAGGCACCAUCGAGGACCCCAAGUGA